AUGAAGGUUCUCUGUCUCCACGGUGCCUUUGGCAGCGCUUCUAACUUCAAAGUCCAGCUCGGCAUCUUCACCGACGCUGCACGGCGACCUGGUGUUGAGUUCAAAUGGAUCGACGGCUUCACCAAGGCAACUCCCCCAGCCGGCUUUGACGACUACUUUGGCGCUCCGCCUCUAUACCGAUUCAUGGAUGUUGAUGGCGUGAGCGAGCUGGAGCAGAUGAUUGUCAGGAUCAGGGAUAUUCCUCAAGGAGAAUCCCCCGAAGCGACGAUGCGAAGGCUGAUUGCGGAUAAGGAGCAGUUUACGACCCCAGCCGUGACAAUGGCCUUGGAUCGACUGCUGCAACUUCUAGACGAGGACCCGGAGAUUGAUGGGAUCCUUGGAUACUCGGAAGGGGCCACAGUCGCGGCCACGCUGAUUCUUGAAGAGCAACGCCUUUUUAGGGAGCAGGGCCGUCCUCGACGCAUCAAGUGUGCCAUAUUCUUUGCGGGCUGGCCUCCUGUCCGCAUCACCGACGGGCGUGUCCAGACGCUGCUUGCAGAUGAACACGACGAAAUGAUUGACAUCCCGACGUGCCAUGUCGUAGGCUGCAACGAUCCAUACAUUGAUGGAGCAAUUGCGCUCUAUGGAAUGUGCAAUGAGGAUAUGGCGAUUUUGUUCGACCAUGGCAAGGGACACACGGUUCCAAGGGACGAGCUGACGGUGAGGGAGCUGGCGGAGACGAUUGAGAGGACCUUUGACCAAGCUGCAGGAUUUAGUCAUUAG